AUGGCAUAUUCAUCAGUAUUAUCUAAAGAAGAAUGCAUUUCUAAAAUAGUUAGACUUCUGAAACUUAAUGAAGAGUAUGAACCAAAACAGAUUGCUGAAGAGCUUAUCACUGAAGGACGACAAGUCCUUCGAGAUUAUGAACAAGUUUUAGAUUCGUCUGUAUUCAAAAGUCUAAUGGAUGACAAUCAAAGUGAACUUUUACGUAUUUUAAAGCUUUAUCACGAGCAACGAUGGAAAGAAACAAUUAAAGAAGACGAGCUUCAUCAAUUUCUUCAACAAGUUCAAUCGACUUCAAUUGUUCACUACAACAGAGUAUUGAUGAGAACUGCUGAGUACGGUUCAAAAUUUUCGAAGUAUGUCGAUCCAAAAUUAUCAUUAGCAAUUCAACUGGUUUUCAAAGUUGAUAAUAAUACAAUGAAUAGCGAUGAUACGUUCUUUAUUCAAAUAUGGGAUACUAUGCUUAGUCAAGGACUCCAAGGUGUUCAAAGUUAUGCGCAAUAUCUUAUUCCAGAAAUUUCAAAUAAUCAGACCGCAUUAUGUGUAGCUCUGAAAAGUUAUUUUAAUAAAGUUCUGAAACAACUAUUUGAACAUCCAGAAAUUAAUAUUAGCGAUACAGAGUCAUUUGAAAAAACUUUAGAUUGCUUGACUAACUAUGGCUAUUGGAAUGUUCUACACAACAGAGAAAUAAUGAGAUUAAUUCCAUUGACGAAAUUUACAAAACUUCUUGAAAAAUUAAAAGAAUAUUUAAAGAUUUCAUCUCUACAAGGUAUAUUUUCGACGUACCUACGACAACAAGAAUGUGCCAUGAUUAAAAUGUGUGUCGAUGAAAAUGAAAAAUUCAAAUUAUUAAUCUUGAUUGAAGCAAAUGUAUACCAAUUUAUUGAUAAAAGUCUUAAUGAUAUCCUUGAUGAUAUGAUUAAAGAAUACGGUUUCAAUCAGAAUUUUCCUUCAUUUAUUCAAUCAUGUUUGAUUUUAAUUAUUCAUCUUCUGAAACGACGCUGCAUUCUUGAUGGUUUCGCUGAGAUGUUGUUUCUCCAAUAUUCAAAACUUAACACAAGUCUUCGCAUGAUGAUCCAUAUUCUCUUAUUAAAAUCUGAUAUUUUACUAUCACAAAAAAUUAUGUCACUAUUAAGUAGACAAAAUCCCGUUCCAUUUCUUCAACCAUCAAUAAACCACAAUGACUCGAUAUCGUACGAGUUUGUUUCAAAUAUAAUUCAUAUUUGGAAUUAUUCAUUUCCUACGAUUUUUUCAUUUGGUAUUGGUUUAUGUAAGGGUAAAUCAACACUGAUUAACACAAUAUUUCAAACAUCGUUUGAAAAAUCAAGAUCGAGCAUUUAUUUUCAAAAUACCAUUGAUAUUACUUUCGGUUGUUGUUUUCAACUAGGACGAUUUACAAAUGUUGCUGAUGCUCAUGGAUCCAUGAUCAAAACGAUAUUUGAACGCAUUUAUAAAUUAUUCGAUGGAUUUCUUAUUCAUGUUUCAUGCGCAUAUCUUUUGAGUAGUUUUGAUUCGUUUCUCGACAUUUUCAAUGUGAUAAAGACCAGCGAAAAAUAUCGAUUACUAGUCGUUCGUGAUGUUCCAGAAAAUAAACGUAACGAAUGUCGUACUUUCUUAUCGACUAAUCUGCCAGGUAUUGAAUCACUUCUCUUACCUCAUUUGUCUAUUCAAAAUAGUCUAAAUGAUGAGCGACUUAUUGCUGAAUCAAUCAAACAAAAAAUGUCUUCUACAUGUCAAAAUGAGAUGUCAUUUAUAAAAAGUCAACUGGAAAGUCUAAUGGAUAAAGAUUACAAAAAUUAUUUAGAAGACAUACAUGGUACUAUUCGACCAUUAGAACAGGCAUUAUUCGAACCAACUGACAAUAAAAACAAAAUCAUCGAAUAUUUUUCUGAAUAUUUAAAAUAUGCUCAAUUGUGUUUGUUGAAAUCGAAAUUAAUAUGCUUUAACUUUUUUGAUCAUCGGACAGAUGCUUUUGUUUAUGAACAUCGACAAAAAAUUGAUGAAUUAGAAAAUCUUUUACCCAAAACAAAAACAGAGCAUCCUAAUCAGAUCUAUAAAUUUUUUUCCAAUAUUUUAAAUGCAUCUAAUAUGUUAGCAUAUCUAGAUUCAUUGGCGGUAAAAUUGAAAGAAAAACGUCUGGAUAUUCCAAUACUUGAUAUAGUUACAAACAUACGUCGAGAACAAGAAUUAUCUUUAGAUAUUUUAUGGUAUAAUGCAUUUAUUUGUAGUCAAUAUGAAACUCAAGAAGUUCAAGAUCGUCUUCGUCGACAUUACUAUGAUUAUAUUCAAGCUGGUUAUCCAUUUAAAAUAGCUGAUGAAAAUAAUUUCUAUUUUCAAGAUCGAAUUUUGUUUGAAUCUUUACAAUUGCUUCAUUAUUCUCGAAUAUUAAUUAUUAGUAUUAUUGGACCACAAGGUUCAGACAAAACGAUCUUAUUAAAUUCUAUGUUCGGUACUUCAUUUGAUGAUCAAAGCCUACGAGGGAUUCAUGGUUCAUUAAUAAAAACAAAUCGAACUGAUUUUGAAUAUAUUCUAUUAAUUCACACAGAAGGUUUACGAAUUGUACCUGAAGAUGAAGAACAUAAUCAUCGUAUCGUUUUAUUUUGUCUGGCUGUUUCACAUGUAGUGAUUGUUAAUAUGAUUGAUGAAAUCGAUAAGAAUUUCCAAUCGAUAUUAUUAAAAUCUUUCGAUUCAUUAAAUAGAAUGAAUGUUACACAUACUUCUCGCUGUAUAGUUCAUUUUGUUUUCAGUCAAAGAAUCAAUAUAAAUAUGGAAAACAAUCAAGCAGCUAUCAACGAAAUCGCUGUAUAUAUAAAACAACUUGAAUUGGAUGAAACAAUUCAGAUACAAAAAGAAGAAAUAUUUCCAUCUGCAUUCAAAUCUGAAGAACAGAUUUUACCGUCGAAAUUCAGAUUCAUGAAAAUAACAUUUGAAUUUACUAAACAUGCUUAUUCCUUUUGUAGCAAGAUAAUUCGUUCGGUCGAACAGUAUUUACAUCAAACCAAUGAAUCCAUGUGUUCAUUACGAUGGUGGUUAUCAUCGUCAAAAACAAUUUUUAAUAUGGUACAAAAAUUUCCUGAUCUUGCCUAUUAUCAAGAUAGUCAUGAACAUAUGAAAAACAAACUAAUGAGAAUUUUUUCUGCAGAUUAUCGUAAUCGACUAAUUGAGCAAUGUAGACUUAAGACUGAACAAGAUAUUCAUAGUAUACUACUUGAUAAGGAAAAUGAGAUUAAAACAACUGAACUAGUCGAUGCUUCACUUAACAGAACCCAACGAUAUUUAGAUGUAGAAAUAACUGAAACAUUCAAUUCUUUACGAGCGUCCAUCAUCACAAUGAACAAACGAGAAAAAAUUAAAUUAAUUAUUCAAAAUGUUGAAAAUGAUUUAGCAAAAUUAGUCGAGGAUAUCAUUCAUAAGAGACAGCAAAUGUCGUCUGACACUGCCAAACAAAUAUUUGAUAAAAUGUUUGAGACUGCAGAGCAAUCUCUUCGAUCGCAGUUUGUUACUAAAGAAUCUUGGAAAGAAAGUAUUCGAUAUAUUUAUGCAAAUUAUAAUAUUUAUGAAAAGGAAUUUUUAUUACAGUUUCAAGAUAUUAUUGAUGAUGAAAGUCAAACACCGAUCAAUCAAAUAGAAAAUAAAUUAAUUAAACGAUUUACAAAUCUAAUUAAUCAAAAUGAAUCGAUUAAAAUUCAUCGUUUCAAGCCAAUAACACGUUCUUCAUUAGAUACGAUUGAAAAAUUCAACUACUUAAAUAAAGAUUUAUUAUGCAUGACUGCUACAAACGAUCGAUCUCAACUUGAUAUUCGAGAUAUUAUCGAUAAACGAAAACCAAUAGUAAAUGAAAAUAAAGCUUUUAAAGAAGUUAUUGCGCGAGUUAUUCAAGAAAUGCAAAUCAUCGGAGAUCAGAAAAUCGAACGCGUUGUCCAUUCAGUAAAUUCAUUAAUUAAUGAUAUUAACAAUAAGUUAUCUCUAUUUUGGUUGAGUCUAUCUCGAUCAAUGAAAUCAGCGAUGCAUUGCUGUGCUGCUAUAUUGAUAGCAAAAUGUCAUUUAGAUCAAACGGAAAACUAUUUAAGUGAAGUAUUAAAUGAAUUAAAAAAUAGAAAAGAUCAUCUAAAAACGUAUUUUAAUGCCAUGAUUGAUAUCGGUUCUGUGAAUGAUGAAAAAGCUGCAAUUGAUCUGAGCAAAGAUUUUGAAGAAUAUCUAGUCAGAUCAUUAAAUGUUGCUUCUGAAAGUAUUCGAAACGAAAAAUUAAUUAGCUAUGAGUCUCUGAAUCGAAAAACGAUUAAAGAUCAAUGUGAUGAAAAAUUAUUCCGUAGUGAAGACAUUCAGUGGUGUUUGAAAUAUAUCGCAGAUCCAAUAAAAGUUAUUGAAGAAUUUUUUAAUAACAUAUGGAAUGCUAUUCCACAUGAAAUUAACCACAAAUGUACAAACCGAAAAUAUCAUUAUAUUGACUUAGUAGAAGAUUUAUUUUGUCACAUAAAAAGUAAGAAACAUAUUUGA